GUUUACCGUCUUGACCAACGGGAUAUCAUUCAUUUUCAGUGAAACAACAUUUGGUUCUCGUAUUCUAUGGUUCAUGGAUACAAGGAGAAUCAGUUCUAUUCCCCUCUCUAGUAUUCAAUACUGAAAAACUAAGGAUUCUAACCAAUCAUGGAUAUUAGCGUUUUGAGCUGACCUUAUUUUAUUUUUGUGACUAAAAACAAACUAAUUACUGAAAAGAAGAAGGGACAGUGUAGUGUUUUAUGCAUUCUGAUUUGGUGGCCUAGUAUCUAGCAGGUUGCGAGAAAAUGGCUUUUGGGCCAUUGGUUUGGUAUUGCCAGCCGGUAUCUAAUGGGGUGUGGGCCAGAGAAGUGGAUAAUGCAUUUGGUGCAUACACGCCUUGUGCCACUGACUCCCUGGUGGUAGCUCUUUCUCAUUUGGUUCUACUGGGCCUGUGCCUCUAUCGGAUAUGGCUGAUAAAGAAGGAUUUCAGUGUCCUCCGCUUCUGUCUGAGGUCAAAAUAUUAUAACUAUAUGUUGGCAUUCUUGGCUGGCUGCUGUACUGCAGAGCCUUUGUUCAGGUUGAUAAUGGGAAUUUCUAUUUUGGAUUUGGAUGGGCAAAUGAACCUUGCUCCAUUUGAGGUGAUUUCCUUGAUCAUUGAAACUCUUGCUUGGGCCUCCAUGCUGGUCGUGACUUGUGUUGAAACUAAAGUUUAUAUCCGUGAAUUUCGAUGGUUUGUAAGAUUUGGAGUAAUUUAUACUUUGAUAGGGACUGUGGUCAUGCUGAAUCUUGUUCUUUCAGUGAAGGCGUUCUACAGUAGGUCUAUACUUUAUAUUUACUUCAGUGAGGUCUUCGUUCAGGUUUUGUUUGGAGCACUCUUGUUUGUUUAUGUCCCUAAUUUGGAUUCUUACCCUGGUUAUACUCCAAUGCCAACUGAAUCUGUUGAUGAUUCUGCGUAUCAAGAACUCGCUGGAGGAGAGCAAAUUUGUCCUGAACGACGUUGUAACAUUCUUGCCAAAAUCUGUUUCUCGUGGAUGAAUGGUCUCAUGGAGCUAGGAUAUAAAAGACCUCUCACAGAGAAGGAUGUGUGGAAAUUAGAUACAUGGGAUCGGACUAGAACACUGAAUGACAGGUUCCAGAGUUGUUGGGUCAAGGAAUUACAAAGGCCAAAACCGUGGCUUCUGAGGGCAUUGAGUUGUAGCCUUGGGGGAAGGUUUUGGUGGGGAGGCUUCUGGAAGAUUGGCAAUGAUCUUUCCCAGUUUGUGGGGCCACUUUUACUGAACCAGCUCUUACAGUCUAUGCAACAAGGGGAUCCAGCUUGGAUUGGUUAUGUCUAUGCAUUCGCAAUUUUUGUUGGAGUGGUAUGAAAUAAAGCUUCUUUCUAAUAACAGUCACAGAAUUAUGCAAAGAUAUAUUAACAAUGCUGCCUCUGUUUCUGGCCA